CUUGUUCAGAUCAGAUCAGAGUUAUAUUUGAUUCUGGUGCAUACAAUUUCCGUUAGAACAAUUCUUUAGGUUAUGUACCUGUACUACACUGAUUCUGGUGGUAAGAACCGUUGAGGACUGAAAGAACAGGACUAAUCCAGAGACUCAGCACUCAGGAUUCCAGCACUACUGAGAGAACAGGACUAAUCCAGAGACUCAGCACUCAGGAUUCCUGUUCUCUUGUCAUGGAGUCACAGUGUGUGUGAAGCCUGUCUAAAGAAGCAGUGUCCAGUCUGCAGAUGAAACAGCCCGUGUGUAUGUGGUGUGUUUGAGACUCUAAGUAGCAGAGGAAACGUAACUUCACUCUCACAACUGAAGCACUAGACCGUGAGGCAAAAUGGCAACUGGGGGCACAGACAACGGUUUUAAACUGGUCAUCUCCGGUCGUCCUGUGAAGUGUAAUGAGGGUGAUGAUGUCACACUGCCCUGUCACCUCUCUCCUGAAACCAGUGUUGUUGCCAUGGAGAUCAGGUGGUUUAGGUGGACAGAUGUUGUUUACCUGUAUAAGAAUGGUGAUGUGAUAGAGGGGAAGGGCUACGAGGGCAAAGUGAGUGUGGACCCCCAGGGGCUGCAGAGAGGAGGCGUGUCUCUCAGACUGAGGGGCUGCACAUGGGGACAUGAUAAAGGAGUGUACACAUGCCAGGUCAUCUGUGAAGGACAGCUGGAGGAGACAAGAGUCGGGUUGGAGAUCAGACGGCCUAAAAGAGAUUGGCAUGAUCCAUUUGAGAAGGACCGUAUGGAGCGUACAUUGCGGAGGGAGAUAACUGUUGACGAAUUGGAGAAAAUGAAUGAAUCUGUCCGGUCUGUGGCUCCCCCUGCAUGGUGGAAGGCAACUGAAGAGCUAAUGAAGAGAAACAGACAAUUGGAGAAGAGCAAGAAGCCAAUAGAGGAGAAACAACUAGAAGAGGGCAAGAAUACACUUCAGGAGGAAGAUGAACAGCUGGAAGAUGAAGACCUGACAACUCAACUGCAGGAAGAAGAGAGGGAGCUGGAGGAGAGAAACAAACAGCUGGAGGAGAGAGAUAAACAGCUGGAGGAGAGAGAAUCCAGAUCUUCCUCGCAUCAGGAGAAGAUUGGAGUGCCCAGGAGCCUCUAG